AUGACCAAGCCGGGGUGCUUUCUUCUUGUGUUGGCUUAUGUUGAUGACCUUGUACUAGCUGGGAAUGAUGCUUCCGCCAUUGCARCCCUAAAACAGUAUCUUAGCGAUUGCUUUCCCAUCAAGGACCUUGGACCUUUACAUUAUUUCUUGGGCAUUGAGGUAUCUCGUGAUGAUCAUGGCAUAUUUCUUAGCCAACUUAAAUACACGUUGGAUAUUCUAAAGGAUGCUGGAAUGCUUGCUUGUAAACCCAACCUAUUUCCCAUGGAACAACAACAACGCCUCCAACAUGAUUCCGGACCACCCAUUGAUCAUCCAGCUCAAUACAGAAGACUAGUUGGUCGCCUCAUUUAUCUGACUAUAACACGACCCAAGAUCACUUACUUAGUGCACAUCUUAAGCCAAUUCAUGGCUGCUCCAUGCCAACACCAUCUGCAAUGCAUAUACUUCCGUUAUUUGAAAUCUUUCCUAGAUCAUGGCCUUCUUUUGCCUUCACAAAAUGAUCUUGUUAUGUGGACUUACUAUGAUUCCGAUUGGGUUGGCUGCCCGACUACUCGUCGAUCCACCACAGGAUACUUCACCACCCUCAGCUCUUCUCCUCUUUCUUGGAAGACAAAGAAGCAGUCCGUUGUAUCUCGUUCCUCUGCUGAAGCCGAGUACUACUUCAUGGCUGCAACCACUAGCGAGCUAUUAUGGCUGAAACAUCUCUUUCAUGAUUUGGGCCUCCAUCAUCCAGAGCCUAAACAACUCUACUAUGACAACAAAGCAGCUCUUCACAUUGCUGCUAAUCCCGUUUACCAUAAACGCACCAAGCAUACUGAGCUUGAUUGCCACUUCAUCCGCCAGCACAUUCAAUCCUAA